AUGAGAGAAAAGCUGACCCACCUCCAGUUUGAGCUUCAGCCUUUCUCAAGCAGGGCUUUGGUGCCUGUUGUUCCAUACAGGGCCCACAGGUGCCCGCAAGUCCCAGGGGAUCCCCUCGCUCAUCAGGUUCCCCAGGAAGCAGGAAGGUCACGCUGGGUGGGCUCAGUCUUCCAACAUCCCAGGCAGGUCCACUUCUCAUUAAAAAAAAAAAAAAAUGGGGAUGGCAUUGCCUUGUGGUACACCUGGGACCGCAUGGUGCCAGGGUCUGUGCUUGGAAGCAAAGACAACUUCCAUGGCUUAGCCAUCUUCCUGGACAUGUAUCCCAAUGAUGAGACCACGGAGCAGGUGUGGUACAUCUCUGUGAUGGUGAACAACCGCUCCCUGUCCUAUGACCACAGCAAGGACCGACGCUGGACUGAGCUGGCGGGAUGCACUGCUGACUUACGCAACCGCAACCAUGAUACCUUCCUGGCCCUGCACUACUACUGGGGCCGCCUUAUGGUGAUGACUGACCUGGAGGACAAGAAUGAGUGGAAGAACUGCAUCGACAUCAUGGGUGUUCGCCUCCCCACUGGCUACUACUUUGGAGCCUUGGCUGGCACUGGCGACCUGUCUGAAAAUCAGGACAUCAUCUCCAUGAAACUGUUCCAGCUCAUGGUGGAGCACACGCUCGCUGAGGAGAAUAUGGACCAGACCAAGAUCGAGCCCAGCAUCAACUUCCUCAAGUCGCCCAAAGACAAUGUGGACGACCGGAGGGGGAACUUCCACAGCGGGCCCCUGACAGGGUGGCGGGUGUUCCUGCUCCUGCUGUGUGUGCUCCUGGGCAUCAUCGUGCGUGCCGUGGUGGGGGCCCUGGUGUUUCAGAAGUGGCAGGAGCGGAACAAGCGUUUCUACUGA